GUUAUCAUUCGCUAGGAGCGGGCGGUGCGCGCGGCGCUCAUCGAUUUUUCCACAAAACAACUCAUUUGAAUCCAUCACUGACAUUACAAACACGUUUAAAACAAACCGCAGACGUUCCGUACGCGUUUUACACGGUGUCAGUGGAAAAUGUGAGUGUUUUCCCGCGAAAAUAAUGCAACUCUCCCCGCGCGAGGAAAACUACUAUGGCCGCCCUGAAUAAAGCCGAGAGCGGCUCAGAGGAGAUGCCGACGGCUACAGCGUCUGACCCCAGCGCGGAGCAGAAGGACCGCCUCAUCGCCGCCGUCAAGAAGGAGGUCAAGCAGUUGAUGGAAGAGGCGGUGACACGCAAGUUCGUGCAUGAGGAUAGCGGCGGAGUGACGGCGCUCUGCGGAGCUGUGGAGGCUUGCCUUGGGCAGGGGCUGCGGCGCCGGGCCCUCGGGCUCUUCAAGACCAGCUCUACCACUGCCCUGCUCCAUAAGAUUGCUAAGCACUGCCCCGAAGCGGCACUAGUGUCUGCGCGGGUUUUAUCAGCUGAGGGUGCGCCGGCGACGCGAUCCGCGUCGGGGGUCGAGCGUCGGCCUUCGGCGCCCCGUCCGCCGCUCAGCAAGCGCGGCUCGGGCUCGCUGCUGUCGCAAGCGCCGCCGCAGUCCAGAUACCUCUGGAUCCGGAUAGCGUUAUUCGAGAGGCAACUAGCGAAGAUCAUCGAGCACCUGGUGAACAACGCCACCCGGUACUACGAGCGGGAUGCUCUGGUGGCUGACCCGGAGUACGGGAGCUUACUGAGCUCGUUGCUUGUCGGACCUUGUGCUUUGGAGUAUUCCAAGGCGAAGGCCCCGGCGUGCUUCUGGACUGAUCCACCAGCGGAUGAACUGGUACAAAGACAUCGCAUGUCUGCCGGCACCACCACACCACCUUCUGUGAGAAGACCGAUACUGAACUUCAGAAGGAGCCUGAACGCUUCCUCUGACGACAGCGGUGCGGUUAACACGGGUUCUGGAAAGACUGGUGGAUCCACGGCAAAGGACUACGUGGAAAGUUUACAUCAGAAUUCAACAGCUACACUUUUGUAUGGCAAAAAUAAUGUUAGAGUACAACCGAAAGACGUAGAAGAACCCAUGCCAGGCUACUUGAGCCUGCACCAGACCGCAGCCGGUCUCGUCAUCAAAUGGACUCCUAACCAACUCAUGAAUGGUUACGCGGAGAGCGAAGGAAUUGAUAAAAGUUUGCUCCGCUUCCACCUUGUGCAUGCGUCAGCCUGCCAAAGUGCCUGUGUUCUGUGCAGCGCGACCCCGUGUACUGUCUACAGGCGACUCUGUGCUGGACCACUGUGCAUCGACUGCGUGUACUGGGCGAUGUCGCUGCAAGUGUGCGUGUGGGAGGUGGUGUACGUGCACGUGCACCGCUCGCAGGCCAGCGACGCGCUCAUUCUCGUCGGCCAGGACGGCGUGCAGCGCCCGCCCAUCCACUUCCCCAAAGGAGGACAUCUGCUAUCAUUUCUAAGCAAUUUAGAAACUGGAUUACUACCGCACGGACAACUUGAUCCACCAUUAUGGUCUCAAAGAGGGACAGGAAAGGUCUUCGGACGAGGCAAAAUUCGUAGACGUCCUCUGCCUAGCCUCUGUGAGAGCGGAGAAACAGAAGAGGCUGAGUGGGAAGAAGCCGCUGGCGACUAUGUAUUUCGCAUCGUCAACAAUGCUAUUACGGAUAGAGAAGCAAUGCGACAUUCCCUCCUCGAGCGAGCAGUGUCGUCACCCCCGCGGACUCCUCGUCGACCACUUGCUUCAACCUCCACAACAUCAUCAGAUUCAUCUACAAUGUCAGUGGACUGUCCUCCUCCAAUCGGUCACAAUGGAGUACAACCACAGGUUGUGCCACCACCACAGCCAAUGGAACAGCCUGCAUCCAUUGAGCUAGUAUGCAGUACGAUGCGCCGCCAGAUAAUAUCGCGGGCGUUUUAUGGAUGGCUCGCCUACUGCCGACACUUGUCCACUGUUCGGACGCAUCUCAGUGGACUUGUUCAUCCGAAUAUAGUUCCUAUAGAGGGCACAGAGACAGGCCUAACAGAAGAAUUAUGGAAGUCCAUGACAGAUGAAAGAGGAGCGGUUACUGACAAAGACGAAGUGUACAGACUGGUCUACUACAAGGGCGUGCAGCACGAAAUCAGGCGGGAAGUGUGGCCUUAUCUCCUCGGCUACUAUGAAUUCGGGUCAACAGCAGAAGAGAGAAUAGAACAAGACGCAGCAUGCAGACGGCAGUAUGAAACGACGAUGUCGGAGUGGUUGUGUGUCGAAGCGAUAGUCAGGCAGCGCGACCGCGAGGCCACUGCUGCCUCGAUAGCCAGGCUCACUGAGGCUUCGGGGAAGCCGAAACCAGUGGAUACCUCAGAACCUUGCGAAGUGUUUGAAGACGACUGCAGCGUCAUAUCAGAUAAUCCACCAAUCGUCUCGCCCGAACCAAGUGAAACUGACCAAAAGAGGCCUGACGUCAAACCAGUCCUUUCACGAGCCCCGAGCAUAGAUGAAGUGGAUAAUAUCGAGAUGGACUCAGAAAAAGAGAAGGAUGAUACAAAAGUUAACGGAGAGACUGAGACGGGUGAUAGUAGGGAUAUAGAUUUAGACAGUCUGAAAGACUUAGACGACGACGAAGAAGUACAUAUUAAGAGUGUUGUAGAAAAUCCUGAUAUGAGAAGAGAGAGCAUAGCGGAGAUAAAAAGAUUAGCGGAAGGUAUAGUUCAGAAAGGCGAUGGGAGAGGACUAUUGUGUAGUGUGGAUAGUGCGAAUAUGAACCUAAACGGCAGUGAUUUAAGGUCGUCGAUAGAUGAAGCCCAGCCACAGCAAAGUCCAGUCCAGCAGCAUACGAGUGUGAUUAUAACAAAUCCAUCAGUAGAUUUGGCUGCUUCGGGAUCUCCUGCGUCUGGUGGCACUACAGCUAACGUGAGCCCAGCUCGCAGUCCCCUUGGUGUGGUCCGAGAAGAGUCCCAUUCAGCGGGUGCUUCGUUCGAUACCUUGGAACCGGCGGGCGACCAAAGGCCUGAAGCGAGGUCCAACUGCGUGUCCCCUGCUAGCUCUAAUGGUGGCGUUUAUUCGAAUGAGCUGGUGGAGAGUUUCGCGUUGAAUUUGCACCGCAUAGAAAAAGAUGUGCAGCGCUGUGAUAGGAACUACCCGUUCUUCACCGAUGAGAACCUUGACAAGCUCAGGAAUAUUAUGUGCACAUACGUAUGGGAGCACCUAGACAUGGGCUACAUGCAGGGCAUGUGCGACCUGGCGGCGCCGCUGCUGGUGACGAUGCGCGAGGAGGCCGCGGCGCACGCGCUGUUCGCGCGGCUCAUGGACCGCGCGCGGGACAACUUCCCCUCGGGGCAGGCCAUGGACGCGCACUUCGCGGAUAUGAGAUCGCUGAUCCAGAUCCUCGACUGUGAGCUAUAUGAGCUCAUGCAUGCCCACGGCGACUACACCCACUUCUACUUCUGCUACCGCUGGUUCCUGCUGGACUUCAAGCGGGAACUGCUUUACCAGGACGUGUUUGCAGCAUGGGAGCUGAUAUGGGCGGCGAGGCACGUGGCGUCGGAGCACAUGGUGCUGUUCAUAGCACUGGCCUUGCUGGAGACGUAUCGUGACGUCAUACUGGCCAACACCAUGGACUUCACUGACAUUAUCAAAUUUUUCAAUGAGAUGGCAGAGCGGCACGACGCUUCCGCGGUACUGGCUUUAGCGAGAGACCUUGUUCUGCAAGUUCAGACUCUAAUUGAGAACAAAUAAGGUCCGGAAUAGGUAAUGCAAUAUGAUCUAGAUGUAUGCUAACUAGGCCACCGGUAAUUGCAUGACUAUACAAUGUCACUGUCGCAAUGAAUCCAAUGAUAUGGUAUAAAUCAAUAUCGUGACGCAUACGAGAUAGAUACUUAUUUAAUAGUACACAGAAGGUUAAGAGAAUACAGAAAUAUUUUAACACUAUUCAACAUCACCCUCUGUUAUUAAAAAUCACUCCUGUAAAAAACUGUCUAAAAUAUUUUUUUGAAACGAUGGCAUCUAUCAUGACAUGUUUACCCUAUUUUAGGAAAGUAUCAUAAAGUCAAAGGAACACCACUAAAACAAGUAAAUGUGUGUAAAUAUUUUUGUAACAAUUGAAUGCGACGCGCUUCAAUAGGGUCAUGUCGCCUAUUCGCGUCCUACCGACGGAUCUCUAUUAGAUUUAAAACCCUAUCCUGCAAAUCCUACCAACAAUUUUCCAUUACUGUCUGGUGUCGAACUAACGACAACGUGUUGUAUGACCACGGAUGACGGCACAUCAAGCUUAACAGUAUGGAAUCUUGAGAAUGUAGUUGUAAUAAGUGCGAUUUUUAAAUAAAAAUUUAUAGUCCGGAUGUGCUGGCGAGUGCAAACUUUUACAAAUAUAUAAAAAUGAUAAUUUCUUUAUUUAUUAUACGAAUAUUAAUUAGUUAGGUAAAUCUUGAAUUUAAUA